AUGCCCGAGGGAAGCCCGGCUCGCAGUCCACCCCCUUCUAGCAAUGCAGACUGGAGGUCCUCAACCCAUGCUCGCGGAGAUGCACCGGCGGAUUCCAUGUUAUUCCGGACAGAGGUAGACGCACAUGACCCUUUCGACGAGUCGACGCUCCCAACACCGAUCGCUCGGGAACACCCCACACACGCGCAGCUCAAUGAAGAAGACCGCGACCGUAGUACCUCGGAUUUAUCCUCUCUCGUCACCUCGCCUCCUCUCCCUGCUUUACCUUCUGUAACCCAAAGUCAGCCUGGUGUCAGCUCUCGUUCGGUAACACCCGUCCAGCAAUCGCCGCCCACCCCGCCUCGUGCUGUGCGCUACUCGCCUGCGGAAUUGGCAAAGGCGCUCCCUUCGCCUCCGACCGCCCCACCUGCUGGUUCGUCAACUUCAACGUCCGAGUAUGCCACACCCGUUGCACCCACUCCGCCAGUCACCAUCUCGUUCCCUUCUCCCCGUGUCGGUAGGUUCGAUGUCGGAGAAGCUGGAAGCGUCCCGUCGAGCGUGAACAGCGCGAGGACUAUCGUAUUGGCCGACCGCUCUGUCGAUGGAGAGGAACAGACUUCGACAUCGCCGCCCCUCCCUCCUCUACCAUCGACUCCUCCCGCCACCGCCGGUUCCUCUAGCUUAGCUUCCCGGAUCGCAACCACACCUCCACCCCUCGCCUCCCUCCGUUCGGAACCAUCGUCCUUUGCCUCGAGAUCAUCCCAGUUGGGCAGCUAUGGUCAAGGUCCCUCUCCACUCCCGUCCCUUCCAUCCUCCCCCUCCAUCCCAUCCCUCUCCCAAAUCUACGCCCCUCAAGACCCCAAACUCGAUUACGAGCACAACGUCGUCCUACUCAGCCCCCCUUCGUCGAGGAGCGAAAGUCCGUUCUCGGUUGUGAGCAGCGUAGAUGGUGUCGGGUCUCCGUUCGUCGGAUUUGGAGCUUUAGGAUUGGGAAACGAGGGGCAGGGUACUUCGUCGACUGAAGCUGGUGCAAGAGGGAUGGCAAGCCCCAACGCGGUAUUCUCAGUCCCGGCCUCGCCAAGCACUCCAGGCUCGACGACCUCGAAUUACAUCUCACUCCCCGCUUCUAACCCCGGUUCGCCUCGCCUUGGUGGUCAACCAGCCUUGACAACUUCUAUCUCACCGCCCAACGCGACGAUUGCCGAGUCGGUCUACUUCGACGCGUCCUACCCGCACGUAGCAUCCUCCACCUCACCUCUAGUUUCCUCACAAUCCACCGAACCCACAUCGCCUCCCAGCUCCAACCCAUUCGCCGAUCCAGUCACCGAAACAUCGACGACACUUCCAAGGCCACAAUCCCGCUCCCGCUCCCACUCCCCCGCACUCUCCUCGACACCCUCCACACCCCGAACAGCACUCAGCGCCAUGGAAUCCUCCCUCUCCGAUUUCGAAUCCGAUCUUGACAACGACGUGGAGAGAGAAUUUACGACGUUGAGGAGUAGCACGACCAUCCCUGCAAGAGAAACCUCUGGAUCCGAUGUCUCACCUUUUGCUUCUCCACGCCAGCCACGACCUAUCGCCAACACGAGCAAGAACACUACUACGACGGUACAAAGGCGUCAUCAACAUGAUCUCGAAGAUGAUUCCGGAAUGAUCUCAGAAACGGAUUCGUUGUCCAGUUGGGCGAGCGUCGGUGCUGGUAGUGGAAGUAACUGAUCAGAGCAACAUCAUCAGUAACCUUCGUUCCAUCCGUCGGCGGCCGUUGACACCUAUAGACCUGCACUCGGGCUAUUUAUUCCAGUUCUAACUUCUGGG